AUGUCUCUUAGAUUAUUGACUAAAGGUGCUGCAGUCGCCGCUGCCCGCCCUGCCUUCACUGCUGCCCGCCAAACUGUUCGUUCUUCUGCUGUUCGUGGAUUCACCACUGCAACUCAAGAGGAAUCUAAGCAAAAGCCCAACAGCAUUGUCGAUGCUCUUCCCGGUAACUCUAUUGUUGCCAAGGCUGGCUACCUCACUGGUGCCACUGGUUUAGCUACCUUCUUGAUCUCCAAAGAAAUCUACAUCUUGAAUGAAGAAACAUUAGUCUUGAUUGCUACUACCGGUCUUCUCGGUGUUCUUCUCAAAUAUCUUAGAGAACCCUUUACAAACAUGGCUGAUGAGCAUAUUGCUCGUAUCAAGAACAUCUUGGUCCAAGCUCGUGAAGAUCACAAGACCGCUGUCCAAGAGCGCAUUGAUGAAGCUGGUCAAAUGAAGGACCUUGUUGAUGUCACCAAGGCUCUCUUUGAACUUUCUCGUGAAACUGCCAAGUUAGAGGCUGAAGCCUUUGAAUUGAAGCAAAAGGUCGCUGUUGCUGCCGAAGUCAAGUCUACUUUGGACUCUUGGGUUCGUCAUGAAGCCAGUCUUCGUGAACGUGAACAGAAGCAAUUGGCUGCUUACUUGUUUGAAAAGAUUAACAAGGAUCUUCAAGAUCCCAAGAUUCAACAACAAAUUUUGGACCAAGCCCUUUUGGACGUUGAAAACAUUGCAAAGAGAGCUUAA